AUGAUAUCAAAAGUCUUAAUUAUAUUAUUUGUUUAUAAAGUGAGUUCUUUUGAAUGUGAUUGUUAUCCUGUCAAAAACACACAAAGUGAUGGAUUUGAAUCGAGUAAGAAUAUCGAUUGUGCCACCUCUGACAUGUUGUUAAAUUAUUCUAUAUGUUUAAGUGAUGACUUUCAAUUUUCAACAGCAUUUGAAUGCAAUACACUUUCAUUGACAUCUUCGUUUGUAAUUAUCAUAAUUUCACUUAAUUGGAUAAGAGCAUCACAACUAUUUUAUAUUUCGAAAGACACAAGUGUUACUUUUAAAGGACAGUUUCAUUCAAACCAAAAUUUGACUCUUGAUAAUAAUGCUACAAUACAAGUGAAUGGGUCAUUUUCAAUAAAUGGUGAUGUUUUAAUUGAAAUUCCACAACUUGAUAAACCACGAAUUGUUUUGUGGAAUUCGUCUUAUUUACAUUUGUAUUCCAAAACUGCCAAAUACAGUGGAUUUUCCAUUUUGAAUCCCAAAGGAAACACAAAUUGUUUUGAUGUGUUUUCAAUGAACAAUUCAACGUGUAUAAAUUUUAAUUCGAACGAAAAUCAUCUGAACACCAAUAAUUUUCCAAUUAAUUUUAAUGAAGGAAUUGUCUUUCUUUUAUCAAAUGGAAGAUUAAUGAGGUUUUGCCCAAGUAACAUUAUAACUCCAGAACGAACAGUGACAUGUACUUUAAACCAAAACAAUUAUCAAAUAAGUUAUAUUGGAGCUGGUGAUUAUUCAUUUAAUUAUCCACAUUGUCCGUGUGAUGACAAAGAUACAAAUUGCUAUUUACACAUUAAUCAUACACUAUCAAGUGUUAAUUUAAACAAUUUUAAUAUGCCCAAUACAAUUCUUGUUGUCGACAAAAAUGUCGAUAUUACUUAUGCGCAAGUAAUUAAAGAAAUACAAAUAAAAGACAAUGUGAAUGUAAAUAUAACAUCAUUGUAUAAUGGUUAUAUUAUCAAAUUUUCGUUUGGUAUAGUUACUAUAAAAAAUAGUUAUAUGUAUUAUAAAUAUACCAUUUAUUACAAUUCUUUGAUACAAACAUUAAGUAUUUAUCCAAACUUAAAUAUUGAUAUAGAAAUAUUCAGAAUUUUUUCUAAAAUACAAUUUGACGUAGAAGGAAUUAUUGGAAAGGUUGUAGCAUCCGAAAAUUGCUUUGUUUUAUUUGGAGAAAAAGUCAAUGCAGUUAAUCAACUUUCCUUUACGACAUCUUUUGGUGCGAAUAACGUCAUUGUGUUAAAUUUUGGAAAUGAAAGAGUUGACAAUUUUAUAAGUCCAAAUUGUAAAUUGUUAAAAAAUACAUUAAUAGAAACAACUUGUUUAAAAUGCAAUUCGAAAACAAGACUUGUAAAGGGAUGCCAAAGAUUAAAUAUAGACUGUGUAUUUGGUAAUGAAAGUGUGUGUAUCAAAUGUGAUAAUACUCAUGUCAUUAUAAACGAAUAUUGUAUUGUAAACAACAAUUGUUAUUUUACAAAUGGGAUUAAAUGUUUAAAAUGUAAAACAGGAGAACUUGCAAAUAAUUGUAAUAUAUGUCAUGAUGUUAAUUGUGUUAUGUGUAAAAAUAGUAAAUGUAUAAUAUGUGAUGACAAUUAUUUUAUUGGAAAUGAUGGAAUUUGCCACCAUACAGAAAAAGAGUCGAAUUAUGUUUAUAAUAAUAUUAUUUAUUGUGGAGAUGGAUAUUUCAUUGACAACGCUGAGUGCAAAAAUUGUUUAACAAUGAAUGAAAAUUGGAUAAAAUGUGAUGUUGAGAAGCCAAUUCAAUGUUCCAAUGAUUUUGAAAUCACAGAAAAUGGAAAUUGUGAAUCGACAAUUUGCAAAACAAAUGAAUAUAUAGAACAAAAUGGGAGGUGUUUUAGAACACAAGAAAUGUGCAAAUUUACACUCAAUCGGAAGUGUGUUGAAUGUGUUAACAAUUACACAAUAGAUGACAAUAGAAAUUGUAUACAGAACAGUGAAAAUAACAAACAAACUAAUUGUAAAACAACAACACAGAAUGGAUGUGUCAAGUGUACUGACAAAUACUAUUUUUCAAAUGGGAAGUGUAUGAGUUGUGAUAGUAAUUGUAAUACCUGCCUUUUCAAUUCAACAUUUUGUCUCUCGUGCAACAAUGAUGCUUUUUUAAGUGACCACAAAUGUAUAACAAACAUAGACUUAAAUGGUAUUUGCAAACAGUUUAUACCAUCAGGUGGGUGUGUUAAAUGUAUUGAUGGAUAUUAUAGAAGCGGACUGUCUUGUAAGAAAUGUGAUAUUAAAUGUGGGACUUGCAACAACAGAGAAAAUUGUUUGACUUGUAACUCGACAAAUUAUCGAACAUCAAAUAAUGAAUGCAAACCACAAAGUGACAUUGUUGGGUGUCAAGUAAAAACAACACAAAAUGGAUGUUCAAAGUGUUCUGAUGGGUAUUUCACAGUCAACACAAAUGAGUGUGAAAAGUGUGAUGCAACUUGUUUGACAUGUUUACAAACCAAACAUAUGUGUACUUCAUGUAAUACAAAUAAAGUUUUAAUUGACUCAAAAUGUGUUGAUAUUUCAUUAAUAACAAAUUGCAAAGAAGUUGGUCACUCAAAAUGCACCAAAUGUUCAUUUUGGUACAGGCCAAAUGAAUAUGGUAUUCGUUGUAAUUCUCAUGUUGUGUGGUGGGUAAUAGUCAUAGUUGCCAUUGUGUGUCUAUCAAUGAUUAUUGUAUUUACAACAACUGUAUAUAUCAUAAUAAGAAAUAUUAUUAAACAACGUGAAAUUAUAGAAAUAGAAAAGAAAACCACUUUAUUUAACAUGAAAAAAUCAAAUGUAAUAUUCACUUCUUUGCAAGGCGGUGUUUGUGUUAACAAAACAAAAAUAUUAUUUGAUGAUGAUUAUGAAGAAAUUCAAGUUUGCAAAGAAAGUAAAGAACUUUUAUGUGUUGGUAAUAUGACAUCCAAAACACUUAAAAUCCAACUAUCAUCUAAAAAUAACGAAGAAAGUUACCACCUAAGAACCGAGCCAAACAUUGUUGUUAUUAAGAAAGGAUUUGCAUGUGAAUUUUCGAUAUAUCUAACACCAAAUUACUCUUCAAAUAUCACCAGCACGAUCGUGAUAAUUUCAAAGAAUUUAUUAAAUAAUAUUAUUACUUACAACAAUAUUGAAAUGUGUGCAAAAACAGAAAUGACAUCAAAACUCGAUUAUCAUGAAAUUAAAGAAGAUGUCAAACUUGGAGAAGGAUCGUUUGGUGUUGUUUUUAAAGGGGGUUUUAGAAACAACAUUUUUGGGUGUGAAUAUAUCGUGCACUUCUAUGGUGCCGUGUUCGUACCAAACAAGGUGUGUAUGGUCACCGAAUUUGCACAAUUUGGGAGUUGCCAAAAUUUGAUUGACAAUAAAAAGAGUGAAGAAAUAACAAUGAAACUUCGAGUAAAAUUAGCAAUAGAUUCUGCUAAGGGAAUUUUGUAUUUACAUUUAAAUGGAAUUUUACACAGAGACAUUAAACCAGACAACAUUCUUGUGUUUUCACUUAUUGUGAAUGACAAAGUUAAUGCAAAAUUGACUGAUUUUGGAAGUGCCAGAAAUAUUAACACAUUGAUGACGAACAUGACAUUCACGAAUGGUAUUGGUACACCCACAUAUAUGGCUCCUGAAAUUUUAAAACAAGAAAAGAACAAAAAAGAAGCUGAUGUGUUUUCAUUCGGAGUGACUAUGUUCGAAAUGUUUGGGUGGUGUGAAAUAUACUCUAAAAACGUUUUCAAUUAUCCAUGGCAAAUAGCAGAAUUUGUGUGUUCGGGUAAACGAGUUGAAAAUUCGAAAAACAUCCCGAACAAUUUAUUUGAAAUCAUCGAAAAUAGUUGGGAACAGAAUACAAAAGAACGUAUUACGAUUGAUUGUGUCGUUGAAAAAUUGCAUUGUGUUUGGAACAAUCAAUUGUUAACUUUUUGA